AGCUGAGCUGAGUGUAGGACCCUAAAAACGAACGAGGGUAACGGUUUAAAAAAAGUGAAGGUCCUUUCAGCUUUAAUUGUUUUAUUUUCAAACCUUUUUGUCUGUGUAUCACCUGUUUUAAAUGCCAGGACGUCGAUAAACGUAAUUUUGGUUCUUGCUUGUUCUGUUUUAAGCGUAACAGCCCGAAUUGUCCACAGGCAAUGGCAUCACGCCGGGCACUGAAAGCAGUGCUCAUUGACCUAAGUGGAACUCUUCAUAUUGAGGAUGCUGCUGUACCUGGUGCUCAGGAAGCACUUGCAAGGUUGCGGCGUGCUCCAGUGGCUGUGAAAUUUGUAACUAACACGACAAAGGAGUGUAAGAGAACCCUGCAUGAGCGUCUGCACCGGCUCAAAUUUGACAUUGAAGAGCAGGAGAUCUUUACGUCGCUGACUGCAGCUCGCAAUCUGUUGGAGAAGAAGGUGGUGCGCCCCCUAUUGCUGGUAGAGGAUAGUGCGUUGGAAGACUUUGCAGGUAUUGAAACCUCUGAUCCCAAUGCUGUGGUGAUCGGCUUAGCACCAGACCAUUUCAACUAUCAAAUGCUUAAUAAAGCUUUCAGGUUAAUUCUGGAUGGUGCCCCUCUCAUUGCCAUUCAUAAAGCCCGCUACUAUAAAAGGAAAGACGGAUUGGCAUUGGGGCCUGGGCCGUUUGUGACUGGGCUAGAGUAUGCCACUGACACGCAGGCCACUGUGGUGGGCAAACCUGAGAAAACAUUCUUCCUGGAAGCUCUGCGAGAUCUUAACUGCAGCCCAGAGGAGGCUGUGAUGAUUGGAGAUGAUGCUAGGGAUGAUGUUGGUGGAGCUCAGAACGCAGGGAUGCUGGGAAUAUUAGUCAAAACUGGUAAAUACAGAGCUGGCGAUGAAGGCAAAAUAAACCCUCCUCCUCACCUGACUUGUGAGAGUUUCCCUGAAGCUGUAGAUCAUAUCCUUCAACAUCUGCUAGACACUAAAUGAGUUUUAUGAUUCUGUUUGGAAAAAGUGUGUUAAAUAUGCUGUUGUACAUAAAGUGACAGCUGGAUGAACAGUAUAGGUUUUGUAAAUAUGUAAUGAAGAUGAAAUCCAGAGUGCUUUAAUAAUGUUAAUUUCAGACAUUAUGUAUGUUGUUGAUACAUAGAGUCACCCUUUCUUGUCCUGUUGCACUUGCAAAUCAUAAUUCUGGCUGACUGCUGGCCACUUGAUGUCACAAGGCCUGUAAUAAUUUCUAAACUGGAAGAAAAGUCCAGUAUCACUCCAAACAUUCACUUUUUUUUAAACAGUCCAGAUUGUGAAACUAUUUAUGGCUGUACAAUAUAAGUAAAAAAGGAUAGCAAAAGUCAACCCUAAAUAAACAUACA